AUGUUCAAGCUUGUCCAGGUCACCUUUCACCAGAUCACUGUGAUUCAGGGUGAGGAUGUCUGGGGAGUGACUUACACUCCUACUGAGGUCUGUGCCUUAAAGGGAUCAACAGUGGAAAUACGCUGCAGCUACACACACCCAUCCACAGUAAAUGGCCUUAAAACCCAAGUUGAGAAGACAUUUUGGUUCACUAAAGAGGUUAAAGAUGUUCAUGUGGAUCUGAGAACAGACCCGGAGUAUUCAGGUCGUGUGGAGUCUCACUGUGUAAACAAAGUCUGCACUCUGACGAUCAGAGACCUGAGAGAGAGCGACUCAGCUGAGUACAAGUUCAGGUUCAUAACAAACCAACCAGGUGGGAAAUAUAGUGGUUCACCUGGAGUCUCUCUGUCCGUCACAGAUCUCCAGGUCCAUGUGAGCAGAUUACAUGCCUACGAGUCUUCCAACAGGGCAGCGAUGAAGUGUCAGAGCAGCUGUCUUCCACCUGGUCUUCCUCGCUACAUCUGGUUCAAGAAUGGACGGGAGAUUUGGGGACAAACUUCUAUUUCGUAUUCAGACAACUUUGAUCCUGCAGACAUCGUUUCCUGUGCUGUUGUAGGAUAUGAGGCCUUCCGCUCUCCUCCAGUGU